AUGGUCACGGCUAUGGAGGACGCUAACGUCGCGCGGGCAGAGGAGGAGGUGCAAGAGGCGGUGGAUGUGCCUGCGGUGGCAGUCCAGGCCAAUCAGGAAGCAGUAACAUCUGGAGCCGUGCAAGAGGAGUUGGAGAAUCUAGGUGAGCUCCCCACCACCGGGGGCGCCAAAGACAUCGAUCUUCUCUUCCUCCGCGGCAUCAUGGAAAGCCCCAUUGUGAGCUUCCCGUUUUGUCUUCCCCAGGCUCACGAACAGCUGGAUGAAGUCAAGCUGGAGGCGGUGCAGGACAACAAUGUGGAGUUAGUGACGGAAAUUCUCGGAGACAUCAGCGGUCUUAAAGUCCGAGACGACAGCGCGGCCGAACUCUCGAGGAUUUUGCGGGAGCCCCACUUCCAGUCCCUUCUGGAGGCGCACGACAUGGUGGCCUCCAAAUGCUACGAAGUCCCGCCUCCGGCCGAGAUGGCCAAUGACGCGGCGGUAAACAGUGCGCUGAUGCAAGCGGAUGCCGUGCGCAUGAUCGGGAUCCGGAAGAAGGCCGGGGAGCCUCUGGGCGUCACCUUCCGCGUGGAGAAAGACGACCUUGUCAUCGCCAGGAUUCUCCAUGGCGGCAUGAUUGACAGGCAGGGAUUGCUGCACGUGGGUGAUAUUAUCAAGGAAGUGAAUGGAAAGGAUGUGGGCAACAAUCCCACUGAACUUCAGGAAAUGCUCAAGGACUGCAGUGGUGGAAUCACUUUGAAAAUUCUGCCUAGUUACCGGGAUGCCCCCGCACCCCCGCAGGUGUACGUGCGACCCUACUUUGACUACGAUCCGGCCAACGACAACCUGAUACCUUGCCGGGAAGCUGGAAUGGCGUUCAAGCGAGGGGACAUCCUGCAGAUUGUCAACAGGGAAGAUCCAAACUGGUGGCAGGCUUGUCAUAUGGUGGGCGGGGCAACAGGGCUGAUACCGAGUCAGUUCUUGGAGGAGAAGAGGAAAGCGUUUGUUCCUCGCGAUUUUGAUGGAUCAGGGAUCUUGUGCGGCACCAUUGCAGGGAAGAAGAAGAAAAAGAUGAUGUAUUUGACAGCCAAGAACGCAGAAUUUGACCGUCAUGAGCUGCAAAUCUACGAAGAAGUAGCCAAAGUUCCUCCAUUCCAGAGGAAAACGCUGGUUCUGAUCGGCGCUCAGGGCGUAGGCCGACGCAGCUUAAAGAACCGGCUCAUGGUCCUUCAGCCCGCCCGCUUCGGCACCACGAUACCCUACACGUCACGGCGUCCACGUGACGAAGAAUUGGACGGCAACUCUUACCACUUUACAUGCCGGACAGAAAUGGAAGUGGACGUGAAAGCGGGCCGAUUUCUAGAACACGGCGAGUACGACGGCAACCUGUACGGCACUAAAAUCGAGUCCAUCCACGAGGUGGUGGCAGCCGGACGCACAUGCAUUCUUGAUGUUAACCCUCAGGCUUUAAAGGUCCUAAAAACAGCCGAAUUCAUGCCUUACGUUGUAUUCAUCGCCGCGCCUGAUUUCGACACGCUAAAGGGCAUGCACAAAGCCGUCGUGGACGCGGGUCUCACCUCCAAACAACUCACGGAUGUGGACCUGAAAAAGACUGUAGACGAGAGUGCGCGCAUCCAGCGGGCGUACGGCCACUACUUCGACCUGACCAUCACCAACGACAACCUGGACAAAGCUUUCGACACAUUACAGGCCGCCGUGGACAAACUGCGCACGGAGUCGCAGUGGGUGCCCGUUAAUUGGGUCUACUAA